CUGUGUGAGCAAUCGCAAUGCCCUUGAAUUUUUAAUACAAAUUGGAAGUUCAACUUUGGAAUACGGGAUUUUUCAUUAUUUACUUGCUUCCGAGUCACACAGCCCUCCAGACAUACAGUAGAAACAUGCCAUUGGACAAAAUUCGCCCCAUGCCAGUGGAUAGGAUUCUGAGCUUCCGCCGCAACCCUGCCUCCGAGCAGCAAUUGAAUCAGCAAACCGAUCAGAUGGAGGCCAUUCCCAACUUCUUGCCGGCCCAACUGUCCAGCAAUGAUCUCCAAGGCGCUCCAAUGAGCCCCAAGGACGACACAAGUCCCAAGGAGAUCAUACCGCCCAGAGGUCGCAGGCUAACUGCCGGUGAGUCACUUCAAGCGGAUAUGGACGGCCUGCCGCCACCACGACGAUCAACCGUUUCGCGAAGGAAUUUCGAGGAAGAGAUGUCCUCCACGAGCCAAUACAUGACCGUACUGAAAGCCGCCCUGGCCGUGGUCACCGUCUGCGUGAUGCUCACCACGAUUCCUCUGUACCGUCGCCAGGCCAAGGAGGCGAACCAGAAGUAUAUCCUUUUGUGGAAUGACGACUCGCUGGUUCGCGGAGCGGCCACCCACAUGGAAUGCGGAUGCAUUGUCACCAAUCGCAGGGAGCCAUCCGAAAAGCCUUUCGAUGCAGUGGUCUUCAAUGCGGACUACCCAUACACCAUGGAGGGCUUCCCACAACUCAAUCACACUCCCGACUAUCUGGUUGUAUUUUCGGCUCUGAAGCCCCUGAACAAGGUCGAGGAUCCACUGCGCAAUGGCCUGAAUCCGCCCUUUAACUUAACAAUGACAUAUCGGUGGGACUCGCACCUGGUCUGGUCGGACUACUAUUUCUCGCACAGUACCAUGGCCAAGCGUCUGCAGAAAUUCCGUCCUCGCAGAGAUUUCUCCGUGGAUGACUUCUCAUUGGAGACGGCGCGACGAUUGGAGAAGGCUCUGAACGUGAAGAAGGAUCUGGCCAUGUAUCUGAUGUAUGAGGUGAACGACGACUCCCUGCCGGAGAGCCUGUACUUGGAGGAGAUGCGCAAGCAUGUCGAACUUGAUUCCCACAGCACCUGUAUAGGAGGCAAUGAUUGCAGUGGAUACUUCUUCUGGUUGGUAUUCGAAACGAGCGCCUGUCAGGACUAUGUUCCAACCCAAAUAUACAUGGCCAUGGAGAAGCUUAUAGUCCCUGUCGUAAUGGGAAGUGGAAAUCUCACCAAUCUGGUGCCGGAAGGCUCCUUCAUCCGCGGCAGUGACUUUGCCUCGCCCAAGGAACUGGUUGCCUACUUGAAGGAUCUCUCCACUAAGCCGCAUGACUAUAUUGCCUUCUUCUGGUGGCACGCGAUCUACAAGAUCCGGGCCAUCGCCCAGCCGUACUGCGCCUUGUGCCACUUCAUCCAAACGCCCCUGAAGGACCGUAAGGCGAAGAAGGAGAGCACGGACCUUGGAUUCAUCAAUUGGUGGUCCAAGUACCAGUGUCCAGUCAAGCACACCACUUUCCUUUAGGAAUUCACUGAUCAGCCAGCCUGUUUCUCCCACCAACCUGUCUCAAUUAUAAUUACCAACGAUCGCAAAUUGCCCUCGUUUGGUGCGAUUUUGUUAAGUUGA